CUACACAGACACGCUCUUUGAGUGAGACCCAGUCCCUCAGCGGCAGCACGGUGCACGCGCUGCUCCUCUCCUCAGCUGGAUACUUUUUUUUCUUUGUUGUUGUUGUUAUUAUUGUUGUUGUUGUUUUGGAUUUUCUCUUAAAAGGGUCAGGGAUGAAUUGAAGAGUUCUGACAAUGAGACUGAGAGAGAUAUAAGUACAUAAAAAUAUCCCAGUUACAGCAGAAGAGGUCAGUAUUUUAAGACUGCUCUACGAUAUUACUGGAACUCUCGGUAACUGGAUUUUUCACCUGAAUAUCACAUCUGAUCCUGACUUUUUUUUAAAAUAUAUAUCCAAGACAUUUUUAAACGAAAUUUUAUUUUAUUCUUUUUCCUUUGGGAUGUUGAGCUCCGUGAAAAUGGAAAGUCAUGAAAUACCGGAGUGGAGCGGAUUUUACAGCGAGGCUAGUGAGAUGUAUUCCUCUGCAAGUGCCAUGAAUACUGUGAGUAGCCUGAACAGUUACAUCAAUCUGAACCCAGCUGGUUCGAGCACCAGCAUGAACAUAGGAUACGGAAACUCGGGUCUUAAUACCAUGGGAGGAGCAACUAAUCAUAUGAACCUGGGAACCUCUUUAAACACAAGCUCAUUAACCCAGUUAAGUCCUUCAUCUUCAUCUCUGGCUCCACUUUCUCACUACCAGAGCAUGAAUCAGCCCAUCUCUCAGCUCAGUUAUCCAUCGCCACCAGCACUGAAUCGUGCUAAAGAAGUGCCCAAACCAUAUCGCCGCUCUCUGACCCAUGCCAAGCCACCAUACUCUUACAUCUCGCUGAUCACAAUGGCAAUUCAACAGUCAAGCAACAAGAUGCUAACACUGAAUGAGAUCUACCAAUGGAUCAUGGAUCUGUUCCCAUACUACCGUGAGAACCAACAGCGCUGGCAGAAUUCAAUCCGCCACUCUCUCUCUUUCAAUGACUGCUUCGUUAAAGUUGCACGUUCACCUGACAAGCCUGGGAAAGGGUCUUACUGGGCACUGCAUCCCAACUCAGGCAACAUGUUUGAGAAUGGAUGCUAUCUGAGGCGCCAGAAGCGCUUCAAAAUUGAUGACAAGCCAGGAAAAAAGGGUGGGGGAAAGUCUCAGGAUGGUGUAAACUCUAAACAUGGGAACAGUGAAGGUGUGCAGGAGGAGCGAAGCCCUGCUACAGGUUCAUCUGAUGGUGCUGAUUCAGCCCAGUCUGAUGUUUCUCAUCCUGGCUCUGCAUCUGAAGAGCAGCAAAUGAGUCUAGCACCUCUUGAGGGUCUGUCUCAAAGUGCUAUUCCAUCCACAAUGCCCCCUUCUGGAUCUCACUUGCACUCCGAAGGUAUGAACACAAGUCCUCAUCUGCUAUCCAAUCCCAUCCAGCAUCAUCAUCUGGAUUUGCAGAAUGACCCGCUCAAGUCUAUGGACCCACAGUACAACUUCAACCACCCAUUUUCCAUCACCAACCUCAUGUCUAAUGAGCAGAAAAUGGAGCUCAAGUCAUAUCAGGAUCACGUCAUGGCCUACAAUGGCUAUGCUGCUUCCUCACCUGUAGCCGCCAAACAGAUAUAUGACAGCGCCGGUCCCUCAAGCAUCGACUCAGGUGCCUAUUACCAAACCCUCUACAGCAGGUCUGUGCUUAAUGCUUCCUAGAGAGGUGUUUUCCAUAGACUUUGGGAUGAAUCAAGUUGUAAGAAAACCCAUGAUUGGUAGCAGUCCUCUAACACAAUGGAAACAGGGCAUUUAUUACUCUGUCUCUGACUAUAUUUGUUGCAAUUCAGAGGACUGUAGGACUGUCAUUGGAUUUGAUAAAAGCAGAGUCUGUGUAUAUAUAUAUAUAUAUAUAUAUAUAUAUAUAUAUAUAUAUAUAUAUAUAUAUAUAUGUGUGUGUGUGUGUGUGUGUGUGUGUGUAAAUAUAAAAAAAAAAUCCUCAAACCCUUUAGUCAGAGGUAGUCAAUCAGCCAAGACAUGUUUGGGAUCUGAUGUUUGCUUCUUUAUUUUUGCAUUGGAGCUACAGAUCUAACAAAGCCAAGGCUUAAGGAAAGCUUAUAGCUUCCAUUUUAGCAGCAUGUAAACUGCAUGUUGUGUCAUUUUCUUCCUCAGCACAUAGUUUAUCACUCCACAUGAGUUUCACACUCUGGUAGGAGGCAAUGGCUAUGAUUUCAAGGCAGAAUUAUGUUUGAAGUUAUAUAGUUCAAGUUAUUUGUAUAGUUAGUAUUUUAAUACAGAAUUAUUCUUUCAUUUUUUUAAUGGUUUACAUACAAAUGGUGUUACUGAGCCAAACAAGGUCGAUUAAAGAGAGUGCUAACCUGGUUCCUCCGUUAGUAACAUUAAAACAAGUCUUGGCUGAUCAACUAUGUUUGGUUUAAGGGGAAAACUUUACAUUUUUCACCAAAUUAUUCCUUGAACAGACUUAUUGAAAUAGUGUGAACAUACAGAACCUGAUAAACCAAUAAAACACACCUCCGCACAUAGGCCAGUCUGAUGAACUUACACACAAAUCUUUUUUGUUGAACCUUUGACCUUUUUUAAUGUCAGGGCCUUUUGCUAAACAGGAGGAUGAGAUACAAACACAAAAUUUGUAUAUACACUGUCUGUGGCGAAAAGGGAAAAGCCAUUUAUUUAUGAAGGGAAGAAAUUAAUAUAUCUUAUUUUUCUUUUUUGUGUUUUGGGAUUGCUAUGGGUUGUAUAUAUUUUGUGUGUGUGUGCAUGUGUGAGAGUUGAGGUAAUUAUGUUGCGAUAGUACAGUCUCAUGUUACAGCAUAGCAUGGCAUUCCUGUUAGCAUAAAGUGCGCAAAUUUGUGAUGUAUUGCUUCAUGUGGAAUUACUUUUUUUUAAAGAAAAAUUAUGCCACAAUUUAAGUCUAAGCUUUUAAACAAACUGUGGUAAAUGUUAUGGCUCAAAGCCCUUUUCCAGUAAUUGAACACAGUCUUAAUAAUAAGGAAAAAGCUGUUCUGUUACCAUUUGUGUGCCAUGGCAAAGAUGUAACAGUUACAAAGUGCUAGGAAUGUGCUGAUAUUUUAACUUUCAAAGUAAUCACUUGUCCUUUUAUAGAAAUUUGUAAAAUUACCACAAUUAUGGGCUUAUUUAUUAAGCUGAAUAUUAACUAAUUAAUUGGUAAAUUGUUUCUGGGAGCAUUUACACAACAAAUGUGUUGUUCAUGAAUAUCCAGUUUGUUUCAAAACAAACAUGCAAAAAACAUAUGACACCUCCUGAGGUUCUGUAAAUUUAUAUAUAAGGGACACUAAUGUGAGCUUUGAUUCAAAUCCUAUAACCAACAACUUAGGGAAAUUAUAUGUACACGUAAUGUUUAAAUAGCUUAUUUAUUAUUAAUUACACAUAUAUUUCAUGAAAAACAUUUUGAAUCUGUGUAAUUUCAAAUGAAUAAAGAAAGAUAAACAAAACUAAUCAUCACUAAACUAAUUAAUAUAAGUCUAGGCAUUCAGUCAACACAGAAUAAAUGCCAUCCUUGAAAAGGAGCAAACAAUAAUCUGUAGUCUGUGCCUAUGUUAGCCAAUGUGCUGCAAUGGCUGAGCUGCGUUACUGGAAAACUUAACACCCACUACACGAGAUCAUUAAAUCAGUUUCAUCUCUCUAUGAGUUUUGUGGGUGUUGCUAAAUAUAUAUCUUCUAUGCCAUGAAUGUGCCUGUUAAUUUACAGGUUAUUGGCAUUUAUCAACAUAUGCAUGCAAGUUGAAAGAAAAUCAGGGUUAAUUAAAUUAAACUAAAAAUCUGGUUCGGUUUGGGCUAUGAAAACAACAACAAAAAAUCUUUACCAAAAAAAGUAAUAAACAAGCCCCACUGGCUCAAAAAUAGCUGUAGGUCAUGCAGUAUUUAAUAUUCAGCUUCAUCAUAGCACACUGUGCAUGUAAUAUUCAUUUUCUCGCUAGCUGCUCAGUUCAAAUAGCAUCGCUGACUUACUUAUGUAAAAAAGGUGACGAACCUUGUUGAAUAACUUAUGCCAGAAAGCAAAUUAUACAUACAGGCUGUCAGAUGAUAUUACAUUUGAUAGCUAGAUGCACCUAUGCUGAGCAAUGUCUUGUGAUAUUUCAAACAAAUAUAGCUGCUAAUCCCAACAGGAAAGAAAAUGUAAACAUAGACAUAAGAUUAACUCCCAACUGUAAAUAUAUUCCUCAAUUGGAAACAGUUUCAUAGCUAGCAUGUUAAAUGUAAGACAAAUAGCUAAAUAUGACCAGAGGAAGGACUUUUGUUAUUUUUAAGUGUCAGCAUACAAGGUCAUGCCUAUUGAAUAUCAUAUUGUAUAACUGAUUAUCAGCACAUGCUUGCAAAGAGCAGUGAAGUUAAUUUACACACAGUACUUUGCACUAGUGACCCCCUUUUAAAGGGCGGGGGCACAGUCAAUUUGUUACAACAAAUCCUUGUAACUACUUUCUUUUACACAAAAGAGAUAUAUCCAAUAGAUGACAUCAUGCUAACAUGCCACUUGUUGAUCAUCCCAGACUUUUAACAAGUUUUUUUCUUUCCUGUUGUGUCAGAAUAAAAGGUUUGGAGUGAAGAAAAACAUUUCAGGUCAGAAAUGUGUUAUUGUUGUUUUAUUGUUUAUUUAAACUCUUUGCUUUCAGUCCUCAAAGAGAAAUGCAUUAAUAUAUGUGUAUAUAUUAUAUACAUUCGGUACAAAAGGUUGU